GGGGGCGGGAUGUCAAGUUCGGUUGCGCGGUAGAAACCGGUAACCGAGCACUCCAGCACGUUGUGAAGCCGCUCGUGCUACAGGCUGAGGUGAUUCCAAGAAAUCACUCGUUUCUGAAGCUACGACUAUUUUUGAUAAUUGACCCCCAGAGAUUUCCAGUUGACCAAAGAAAUGGUGAUGGAGAAGCCAAGUGCCCAGCUGGUCGGGCGAGAGUUUGUCCGACAGUAUUACACACUCCUGAACCAGGCCCCUGACUACCUGCACAGGUUUUAUGGGAAGAACUCCUCCUACGUUCACGGCGGCCUGGACAACAACGGCAAACCGGUGGAGGCUGUUUAUGGACAAUCUGAGAUCCAUAAGAGGGUGAUGGCUCUAAGCUUCCGGGAUUGUCACACUAAGAUCCGACACGUGGACGCCCACGCCACCCUGAACGAGGGCGUGGUGGUGCAGGUGAUGGGCGAGCUGUCCAACAACAUGCAGCCCAUGAGGAAGUUCAUGCAGACCUUCGUGUUGGCGCCUGAGGGAACCGUUGCAAAUAAAUUCUACGUCCACAAUGACGUGUUUCGUUACCAAGACGAGGUGUUCGCUGACUCCGACUCUGAGCCCCCUGAAGAGUCUGAGGAUGAGGUGGAGGAGAUUGAGGAUAGGGUUCCCUCUCCUGACGUCGCCCCGGAGGAGUCUGCUCCCUUCUACGACCCGGCAAUCUGUUCGGAGCCGACGGUUCCCGGCGACGAGGAGGAACCCGCAGCAGCGAGUCCAGAACCAGAGCCGGAGGUGGAGAAGGAGGCCGAGGCCGCGGUCGAGGAGCUGAAGCCAGAGUCGCUGCUGGAGACGCAAACAGACACGCACACGUCGGACGACCAGUCGGAGAAGAGCCCCGCCUCAGUCCCGCCCACCGCAGAGCCCGUCGCUGCGCCCGCCGAACCCACCCCUGCUGCUCCAGAGGAAAACAGGCCUUUCUCCUGGGCGUCGGUCACCAGUAAGAACCUCCCUCCCAGCGGGGCCGUCCCAGUCUCAGGAAUCUCCCCACACGUCGUCAAAGCCACUCCCACAGCAGCGCCCAGAGCGGAGGUAAAGCCAGAAUCCCAAACAGCCACACAGAGACCACAGAGAGACCAGAGACCGAGGGAACAGAGGCCUGGAGGUCCUCCGCCGGUGCACAGAGGGCCCAGACCAGUCCGGGAAGGGGAGCAGGGGGAGUCGGAGGGUCGCAGAGUGGUCCGGUACCCCGACGCCCACCAGCUGUUUGUGGGGAACGUCCCUCAUGACGUGGACAAGACGGAGCUCAAGGAGUUCUUUGAGCAGUACGGUACAGUCCUGGAGCUGAGGAUCAACAGCGGAGGGAAGCUACCAAACUUUGGUUUCGUGGUGUUCGACGACUCUGAACCUGUACAGAAAAUCCUCAGUAACAGGCCCAUAAAGUUCCGAGGUGACGUCCGCCUCAACGUGGAGGAGAAGAAGACUCGCUCAGCCAGGGAGGGCGACAGGCGGGAUGUGAGGCCCCGUGGUCCAGGAGGUCCCGGCGGUCCCAGAGAGCGAAUAGGAGGCGGCGGUGGCGGCGGCGGAGGACCUCGAGGCCCCCCAACCCGCGGAGGCAUGGCACAGAAACCCAGCUUCGGCUCUGGGCGGGGCGCCGGACCCAGCGACGGGCGCUACUCUGCUCAGCGCCAGUGAGGCAGCUGAGCGCCAAACCUGCGCGUGAUUUACUGAUCAGACUCGGCGUACUUCUCACUGAUUGGACAAACUUAAAUUUCAACCUCAAAGCCCUUCUCUCCACGUCACGGCGGAGGGAGAACAAGGAGGGAUUAUUUAUUGAAAGUCACACUCUCUCUUGACUUCCUUCCUCCUUAUUCUCUCUCCUGAAUCAAGAAGUACUCUGAAGGGCUCUCUGUUCUGAAUCCACGCAGGUUUGGUCUCCAGCUUUCACCAUCAAGUCACGCCAGCUCCUGCUGAAGUCAACAGCCAGUCUCGACAUCAGUCUCUCAUGAAGACGGCUGCCUCUUCCUCCUCCCGAGCUUCCUCCAUCCCUGCCUGAUUCUUCUUCUUCUUCUUCUUUCUCACCUGCUGCUCUUUCGUUUCCUUCUAAGGAAUCCAGAAUGUCACUCCUUCUCCUCGUUUUUUCCCCCCCUCCUUUCCUCCUCUUCGUCCUCCUUCCUCCACCAACACACGUAUUAUUAUCUGGACUUUUUUUUUUCUUUUUUUUAAGUCAUGUUUUUGUUUUGUUCUUCAUGCUGAACUUGAAUUUCUAAAGAAGCAAACCGUAACACACAGACACAUGAGAAAAAGGGUAAAUACUACUUGAAUUGGGGAUUAAAAAACCCAGAGGUUAGGUUUUUUUCGCGUUCUCUCUCCCUGUUUCUUAAAGGAACGUGUACUUUACUGCUUGGUCAAUCCUGUGUAUUGCUGCCACCGUUGUAUCUAGCGAUGGAUCUGUCUUAUCUUUUUAUUCUAUCAGGUCAAGAGCUGAACUGUAGUGGUUUUAUUUGAGUAAAAAUGUUGGCUUGUGAUAUGUGGAUUCACGGACGCGUCUGAAUGGAGCAUGUAUCAAACCAUGUAUCAAAUCCUGUUAAGGCUUCUACUACCGAUGCACUUCAUCUGUCAUCAUGUUUAAAAUGAACUCACCUGCCGAUGAGAGAACUAAAUUAAAAGUGAUUUACUGUUUUAAA